GUCUCCCUCUUCUCUCCAAGAAAAGAGGACUUUGUCUCUCCAGCAAUUUCAUAUUCGCAGACGACACGACAAAGAAAAAGGGGCUUGCUGUUCAUCAGGUCCGUCCAAUCUAUCAUCCCUCCGUUGAAAAGGAGAAGGAAAAGAAAACACACAAGCCUAUUGGACUAUCACAAGAGCCUUGCUGGGUUGUGACUACCCUUUUGUAAUUUCUACUCGGGCUGUCAAAUGGAUUUUCUAUGUUGACAGCCCGAUAUUCUCUCCGGGAAAUAACUGUCCAACGCCAUCCUCGAAAGAGAAAAGAGAUAAUUAUAUUUUAGAAACUCGCUAGUCUUGAAACACUUGCAUUGCUGUAUAUCUAGGAUUUUGUGGAAGAAGUAUAUGAAAGUUAGUUGCGCAAGGGUAUGAUGGGUUCCUUGUCCGGAAUCCUUCAAAGGCCUAUAAUUGCUGCUUCUGCAGUUGCCAUAGCUUCUGUUUCUGCUGACCUCCGCGAUAAACUGUGGCCUUUCAAACAUUCAGAGACUUGUCUCUCAUCAGAACAGCCAAGUUCUUUACACCAUGCAGCAGCACUUGAAGGAAAAAAGAAAUCAUGGGUGCAUCGGAUGUCAGGCUCUGAUUUGGCUAAAUUUUCUUUUGUCACUAGAAUACGAGUACCAGUGCCUCACAUACAACCCCAGAUGUUUACCUCCACACAAACUUCAUUUACAAGCCAUUCCACCUUUCCAGUGUCUUCUCAUGUGUUUCUCAAUUCGUAUCAGUCAGCAGCAUUGGACAAAUUUGUGAAUCCAGCCACAUGUAUGCAUAAUGUUCUUCUCUCACCUCCACCAGAGGGAUUAUACAUAUGGCAUUUGCCCAAGCCAAUCUCUCUUGAUACAUCCGACUGCCCGCCAUCAAAGUCAAGGACAUUGGUUAUAUUAUUAGGAUGGUUAGGGGCAAAGCAGAGACAUCUGAAGAGAUAUGCUGAGUGGUAUAACUCCAGAGGCUUCCAUGUCAUCACUUUCACUUUUCCACUGGCUGAGAUUCUCAGCUAUCAGGUUGGGGGGAAAACCGAGAAGGACAUUGAAUUGCUUGUGAAUCAUCUUGCUGAUUGGUUGGAAGGAGAGAAUGAAAAAAAUGUGGUCUUUCACACUUUCAGCAACACUGGGUGGUUAACUUAUGGUGUCAUUUUGGAGAAGUUGCAGGAACAACAUCCCACUCUCAAGGAAAGGAUAAAGGGUUGCGUUGUGGAUUCUGCUCCUGUAGCUGCUGCUGAUCCUCAGGUUUGGGCUUCAGGAUUCUCAGCUGCUUUUCUUAAAAAGAGCAGUGUCGCAGCUAAAGGUUUUAUGAACUUAAGUGAGCCACAUUCAAUUGAAGCAAAGACGGUUGUGGAUGUCAAGCCUGCAGCAACUGAAGCAGCAUUGUUAGUAGUGCUGGAGAAGGUAUUUGACUUGGUUUUGAACCUUCCAACAGUAAACAGGCGGCUCUCUGGGGUAAUGAAUCUUCUGGAAUUCCAACAGCCCAACUGCCCGCAGUUGUACAUAUACAGCAGUGCAGACAGGGUUAUCCCUGCAGGGUGCGUGGAGUCUUUUAUUGAGGGGCAACGAAGGACUGGCCGUGAGGUUCGUGCUUGCAACUUCUUAUCUACCCCUCACGUCGAUCAUUUCAGAAAUAAUCCACAAUUAUAUACUUCUGAGCUCUCUCAUUUUUUGGACGGCUUGGCGCUUCCCCCAACUCUGCAACACAACACUAGCCAUUCAACUUGAAUCGCUUUCUUUUAACUCUCACUUAUUCUUUCCGUGAAGAUAAGAAUCAUGCGUGUAACUACCUUAUUCAUUGAUGUAUGUAGAAAGCAAGCAAUUAGGCUGUCAUUUGAAACAAACAGAGAAAAAAUUCCGUCGUAUACUGAUAUAUUCUUCUCCCUUUUUUGACCAAUGAUUCUCUCAAUAAUGGCUUAGAAGUUCUGCUUAAUUUAACCACAU